CUCUUCCGGAAUCAGCUGUUAAACGUUCCGGAAUGAGGAAGUUUAUUGCGUUUCUGGCCAGAAAUCCUGGACAAAUGGGACAAAUUCCAAGGAGACAAUUAUUUUCCUUCGCGAAAAAAAGAGAUUUGGGGAGAUUCAGCCCGGUUUUUCCAGGAAAAGUCAGUCCAGAGCGCGUGAUUCCUAGCCAUAUCAAUGUCCCAUUGUACUAUAAGACCCCUCAGAUGCCUUCAUCCACCCUGGGUGAGGUGGAGAUUAAAUCCGAGGAAGUUAUUGCUCGAAUGAGAGACAGUUGCAAAUUGGCGGCAAAUAUCUUGAAGGAUUGCGGGGGAAUUGUUCAGGUGGGCAGGACAACAGAUGACAUCGAUGAGUUUGUCCACGAAGCUGUUGUUAGAGCCAAUGCCUAUCCCUCCCCACUGAGAUAUGGGGGAUUCCCUAAAUCCGUCUGUACUUCCGUGAACAAUGUUGCUUGUCAUGGGAUUCCUGAUGACAGGGCUCUUGAAGAUGGGGACAUCAUCAAUGUGGACAUCACUGUGUACCACCAAGGGCACCAUGGGGACUGCUCAAAGACAUUUCUAGUGGGAAAUGUCGAUGAACUUGGUCAGGAGCUUGUGAAAGUGGCAGAAGAGUGUCUCCGGAAAGGGAUUGAAGCCUGUGGCCCGAACAAGAGAUUCUCAGGGAUUGGAAGAGCCAUUGAAUCUCAUGCCAGAGAGCACAAAUUCACCGUGAUACCAGCUUUUAUUGGCCAUGGGAUCGGUUCAUAUUUCCACGGACCUCCGGAAGUCCUUCAUUUCAAGAAUUCUGAAGGUGGAUUUAUGAAGCCGGGAAUGGUGUUCACGGUGGAGCCGGUGAUCUCAAUGGGAGGUCCGGAAGUGGAAAUUCUCGAGGAUAAUUGGACAGCUGUCAGUGUAGAUGGCGCCAGGAGCGCUCAAUUUGAACAUACAAUUGUCAUAACGGAUUCCGGCUAUGAGAUACUCACACUUCCAGACUGAAAAAAUUAAAUAGAUUUAUUGCAGGAUAAAAGGAAGAGUGUCUUUUUGGUGGAGAUUAGCAGGCCUGCUGGGCCAGUGGUUUGGGUGCUGGCUUCUGAAUGGGCAGGAAAAGUUUGAAUUCCGACGGAAGUUCAUCCUCUGAGUACAAUCUAUCGGAGAAAUACA